UAACUGAAAGGGGUAAAAAACAGUGGAAUGGUAGAGCGGAAAUGAAAGCUGGAGUCACAAACAAAAACAGUGAUUGAUUAUAGUGAAACGAAUCAAUCACGCCACGCCCCAAUUCUAACUCAAUUCUCCAAUCACAUGUAAUCAAAAACCAAAACCCCUCUCUUCACAUUCUCAACGUUCAUACUCAAUCUCAUUCUUUCUUCCAUGGCGUCGAGAACCGGCCACACAAAGCUCUCCUUCGAGGUUCUCCGCCGCAAUCCAAUCGUAGAAGAAGAUUCUUUCCUCCAUCGUACCAAAUCGGAUCCAACAACUCUCCCCGAUCGCAAGAAACGUAAGCACCGAGCAUCCAAGAAGAAGAAGAAACUUCUCGAUCCCGUUGAUUCCGUCGCUGAUUCCGGCGAUCCGAACCGGGAGAAUGAAUUGCCGAUUGUAAACGGACGAGCGUGUAACGGUUUCGGGAUUGACGCAAUGAGGUAUUGUGGUAAUGGAGGAAGCGUUGUGUAUGAGGAAGCUAGUGAAACGAGUGUCUGUGCUGUUACUGCGGCGCCGGAGGUUGGUUCUUCGUUUCCGAAGACCGUGCGUGGGAGUAUGGAUGGGUUUAAUUUCGGUGAAUUGAGGCAAAGGAAUGUGAAUAGCAGUUCUGAGGAUUUAGUUGCCUCUGUGAUGGGCGAUGACGGUGAAAUUGGGAAGGGCGAUGAUAGUGUGAAGGCGAGUACGGUCGAGGUCGAGACACCGAGAAAAGAACCUGAAAGGAGUGUCCUUACGAAAUCGGAAACCGUAGAAUCGGUUGACUGGAAGCGGAUAAUGGAAGAAGAUCCGAAUUAUGUGUUCACAGUAGAUAGGUCUCCUGUAGCAUACUUCUUGGAGGAAAUGUACAAUGGGAAUUCUUUACGAAGCACAACUACUCUCGGCAAUGAAACAGAAAGAGAGAGAGUUUAUGACACUAUCUUCCGCUUGCCAUGGAGAUGCGAAUUGCUUAUAGAUGUUGGCUUCUUUGUCUGCUUCGAUUCAUUUCUUUCGUUAUUAACUAUUAUGCCAACAAGGAUCUUGAUGACCAUUUGGAGGCUUCUAAAGACAAGACAGUUCAAGAGGCUCUCAACAAUGGAAUUGUCAGAUUUCGGAUGUUUUAUUAUUAUGAGCUGUGGAGUUGUUCUUUUGCAGAGAACAGACAUCAGCUUAAUAUAUCAUAUGAUCCGUGGUCAAGGAACAAUAAAAUUGUAUGUGGUCUACAAUGUUUUAGAGAUAUUUGAUAAACUGUGUCAAAGUUUUAAUGGGGAUGUGUUGCAAACAUCAUUUCAUUCUGCUGAAGGACUUGCAAGUUGCCCCCCAGAAAAUAUGAGAUUCUGGCUUUGGAGAUUUGUUUGUGACCAAGCUUUAGCUGUGGUAGCUUCAAUUGUUCAUUCUUUUAUCUUAUUAGCUCAGGCAAUCACUCUAUCUACCUGUAUAGUUGCUCACAAUAAUGCGUUGUUAGCUUUGCUGGUGUCAAAUAAUUUUGCUGAGAUUAAAGGAAAUGUAUUUAAGCGGUACAGCAGAGAUAAUGUUCACAGUUUGGUUUACUUUGUUCUGAAACUGCACAAUCAUCUACACUGCAAGAUGGAUCUUCCACGAAGAACAUCUUCAAAACCUUUGCUCGACACAUUAGUAUCAAGCUUGUUGACUCGAUUUUUCUUCCCUGGAAGUAGCAAGUUGAAGGAAUAAUCUUGAUUCAAAAGCUUCAUCUCCAUCUCGUAAAUCCCGUUAUUCCAAUUCGAUACCUCAUUAUUGAGGAUCGCCCUUCUGACACUGAAAUCCCUACGUACUUGACGUGGCAGCAGGAGGAUCCAUUGCUCUUCAAGUUGCGUUCAUGCACAUGAGGUAUGGACUGCUUUAGAUCAAUUUCAGAAAACUCAAAUCAAUGUAAAGUCAUGAUGAUUGCUUUCUGAAUUGAAGUCUAUUAUGGACUGCUGCUCAAUCCUGCUCCGCUGUCAAAACCCCUGUUCAUUACUGCAUUCUUUGAUGCUGAUUGGGGAGCUGAUCCAGAUGAUAGGAAGUCCUCAUCAGGGCCUUGUAUCUAUCUUAGACCAAAUCUUGUUUCUUGGUGGUCUAAGAAACAAACCUUGGUGGCCAGAUCUAGUAUUGAAGCUAAGUACAGAAGUUUGGCUAACACAUCAGCAGAGGUUCCUUGGUUCCAAUCUCUUGUAAUUGAGCUCAAUGUUCCUCUUGCUACUCCUAUUCUAUUUUGUGACAAUUUGAGCACUGUGGCUCUGUCCCACAACCUUGUUUUAAAUGCCAAAACAAAGCAGAUGGAGCUGAUUAUCUUUUUUCUAAUUGAAAGGUGUAGCGGCCGGUCGCUACAAGAGGGUGAUCAAUAAGACCUGGUAGUUCGACACAUACCAGUUAUAGACUCAGAGUUGUUGACAAGAGUACUCUCUCGGAGAGAAAUCUUCCUGGAUUUGAAGGGUAGAUAUUAGAGUAAAUGCACCAAGUGUAUCAGUUAUAUCUGUAAUUGUUUUGUUUAUGUUGAGGAAAACAGAUUAGAUUGCAAUUGUAACAAACUCUAUGCCGAGUCAGCAUAGUUGUAACUAACCGAGCAGUUACUCGUCCUUAUAAACAGCAGUAGGCUAUUUCUUGUAAUGGUAGAAUCAUUUUCUAUUAAAUUUAUAAUAAUUUUCAUAACAGAAUUAUCUCAUUCUUGUUUCUAGAUGAAGAACACUUCACCCUCUCUACUUUUCUUAUAUAACAUACGUUUUAUUUUUUCUCAUUUUGUCUCGUAAGUAAAUUUUUUGAUUUUCUUCU